CAUCAUCCACGCCUUUCAACAGUCGACCCACUUCUCAGUGUGAAGCAGACUCCUGCACUGCUGCCUCUGUCGGCUGUCUCUCACAUCUGAAGCUCAUUUGUAUGCGUUUAUUUACUUAUUCAUAUACUGUUUAAAAAAAGAAAAGAAAAGAAUCGUCGUAGUUCAGCACACUCGAAACACAAACAUGUGGAGAUGGAUUUUAUGAAGCUGUUUGCAACUGUUGUCGCCGUUUUGUUCCACUCUGGAUCCGCUUCGAAGAUAAAUGGCCAGAUGAUCUGUCGGCGCGGGAGAGAGCGACCGUGCUACAAGGUGUCCUACAUUCAGGACAGCGGACGGAGGGCCAACUUUGACGAUGCCAGGCAGGCCUGCAGGUCAGAUGGAGGCCAGUUGCUCAGCAUUGAAACAGAAAGCGAGCAGCGGCUGAUAGAGAGGUUCAUACAGCAGCUGCAGGCCGGAGACGGAGACUUCUGGAUCGUUCUCCGACAUAGCCCGCAGCGCUACAGGACGGAGACUGCGCGCCCGGGUUGCCCCUCACAGUACUAUUGGCUGGAUGGAAGCAAGGCCAAGUUCAGGAAGUGGCACUGGGAUGAGUCAUCGUGCCGUGGUGAAAUGUGUGUUGCGCUGUAUGACCAGUCGCCUGCGACACCUGAUGAAGGUCAUUUCCCGUUCCAGUGGAAUGACGACGACUGUAACUCCAGGAACAGUGUUGUCUGCAAAUACCCAGAAGAAAAAGCGCCCGUAUUUACUGAUACAAGGAACAUGACACAUGCAGUUCCGUCUCUGAGGCCAAAUCUAUUCUCAACUACACAGAGUGAUGGGAGGACAAAAAUAGUACAAUCUGAGUCAUCAGUAUCUCUCUCCGACAACACCUUAUAUGUUUCAUACAUCCUUUAUGGAACGAUACCUGCUGUCCUGCUGCUGCUGUUUGCAGCUGCUGGGUUCUUCUGCUACAAACAGCAUGCUAAGAGGAGGAAGACUGAAACAGAAAGCUAUUCCAGCAGAUUGCAGCCAUGGAUGUUACCCUCAGCUUCACCGUGCCCCAUACAAGGACCGUAUGCCUCGAGUGACAUCACCAAACUCGACAGCAACAUGCAACCAGCGGACGUCAUCACAAAGUACUCCUGCACUCGCUUCCAGGACUCCCAGUGCGACGAAUAUGAGAAUGUCGUGUGCACAAACAGGGAGAGUGGUUUUGUGACCAAUGACAUCUAUGAGACGUGCAACAGUCAGGCUGGUUGGGUGGAAAAUGAGAUCUAUGGAUAACAUUGAUUAUGCCGAUCUGUUUUCCGCAAAGCUUAACCCUCAUUUGAUCAUAGAUCUGUCUCCUGUGUGUAUUCUGAUGCCGCUCCCUGACCAUGCAGCUUUUUCAUUACCUAUAGUACAGGGUUUCUCAAGGGUUUAAAAAACUGCAAUUUAAAUUUGAAUAUGGUGUUGUUUCAUAAAAGAUAUAUAGCUGAUAUGGGCCACACAGUUGGUGUAGUGGUUAGCACUCUUGUCUUUGCAGCAAGAAGACCUGGGUUCAUGACCUGGUCAGAACAAGGGUCUUUCUGCAUGGAGUUUGCAUGUUCUCCAAAUACAUGCAGGUUUGGGGAUUAGGCAAAUUGGGAACUCUAAAUUGACCGUGAGCGUGCAUGGUUGUUUGUCUCUGUGUGUGACCCUGUGAUGGACUGGCGACAUGUCCAGGGUGACCCCGCCUAUCGCCCUAUGUCAGCUGCCCUGAGAGGUAAAAAACUUAAACAAGAACACUUGUUUAAAACUGGUCAGUUUAGAGUCUCCAACUAACCUAAGGGCCUCCUCGAUGUGAGACAUCAGUGCUCACCACUGACCCCUCUGUUAUAUGAACACAAGUUUAAAAUAUUCACACGCUGUUUCAAUAUGUUGUAUUAUUGAAAAAAAAGUCUGCUUAAGCUAAAUUUGUCAACACACACCGGUUUGAAAUCAGUAAGAUAUGUCGCUCUAAACUUCUAUAGGAAACCAUGUAUCAGUGAUUCUACAGGAAAAAACCUGGAAUAGAUGAAAAGUGAGAGGAAUCAUAAUAAUACGUCCUGUCAUAGAUAUGUGCAACGUUUUUUGAAAAAUUACACCAUCCAAGUUUAUAUAUUAUUUUUCUUUGACACUGCAAAGUGGUUUUCAGGGGGAAAAUGAAGACUCAAGGAUCUGUGUUGUUCUGUAUCCAAAACAAAACUUCAUAUCUAUUGUGUUUUUUCAGACAAGGAUGAUUAUUAGGACACGCUACAACACUGACCUGUCCUUGCAGGCGUCUAUUUACAGCUACUAAUUUACAACAAACAUGAACCACUAGUAACAUGAAAGUAAAUCAGAAAAUCCAUCAAAAAGACUGACAGUGUAAAGAAAAUGCUGGAACCCAUUAUUUGUGACAAUCUAUGUGACAACACAUCUAACCAUGGGCCUUCACUCGUCCUGUAAACAGUCUGAAAUCAAACUACUCAAACCACUUUCCAAUAACCAUAUUACUGUAUACAAACAGAGGGAUAAAAAUAUGUCGUCCCUCUUUUCCUGUGGAGUCGUCCAAUUUUGGGACAACGCUGAUCUCUUCUCUAAACCUGAACUGUGGAGUGAACCCUGCUCAAGGCUUCCUGUUUGGAUUCUGAUGUCAGGGAACAGGACAGUACGUGCGGAAACGCUGAUGACAGAACUCUGCUGACCCCACUCAACUCAAACGUUGUGGGCUUUUCCCCAAGACUUGACAGUGUGACAAACUCAGUCCAUCCCACUCAUCUCCCCACCACACACACACUCCGCUGACAGUCGCUGUGACCAGUUCUGGACAUUGUAAGGGAUUUAUUCGUUAUUGUUUGUUGGUAAAAUAUUAUACCUGUGGAUAUACGAUAUAAUGGUUUGGUCUGAGUAUGUACCGAGUGGGCCAUAGGGUCGGUGUCUUGGAAAGAUGUAGUAAGCCCACAAAGGAGAAGCUGAGUGUGUUCUUGGAGAAUGUUUGACAGGAAAUGCCAAAAGCACAUCUGGAACUCUUACAUUCAGGAAGUCCAUGCGUGACAGCAGAGGCCUUUGGAGCGCUGCUCUGCUCUGCUUUAGUGAUGCACUGUUUUCUGUUAGACUGUCACUGCGGGGGCUUAAAAGAACAACCACAGGGUGUUAAUGUGCACUGCAUCUCAAAGGUGACAAGUGUUUUUGGCUUUCAAAUAAAGUUUGGCCUGCCAGAGA